CUGGCUCUGAAACCUCACUACCUCACGACCACCGUCAAAAAAUUCAUCUUAAAAAAAUUCAUCCCGUUUGAACGCCGCCCUUCACGACCUCGACGACCUCGUCCGAACGCCGCCCUUCACGACCUCACGAUCUCGACCGAAAGCCGUCCGAACAACGGAACGACCUCGCCGGAAUCUGAAAUCAACGCGCCCCUUCACGACUCUCGACCGAACGCCGUCCGAACGACCGAACGAUCUCGCCGGAAUCUGAAAUCAGCUUACCAAGUCAUUGCUGUUUCAAUUUGGAAAGAGUUUGAGCCUACCAAGUCAAAUUUGUCCCUGAGAAUUUGUGGUUCUAUCUUGAUGGCUGCUGCUUUAAUUCUCGUUAGUGGAGCUAUGGCAAUUAAGCUUGGAUUGAAUGUUAUUGCCAGGAUCAAAGGCUAUGCAGACGCAGCACAGGCACCUGAACUGUUCACAACUGCUCCAGCCAUCGCCAUACCAAAGGCAAUCGUUAAUGCUGGCUUGAAAGCAUCCGAUAUUGAUUUCUAUGAAAUAAAUGAAGCUUUCUCUGUUGUAGCUCUUGCUAACCAGAGGCUGCUUAAUAUUGACCCCAAAAGGUUAAAUGCACAUGGUGGUGCCGUGUCCCUAGGACACCCUCUGGGCUGUAGUACUGAGACACAACAAUGGGAAGUUUGGUAUUGCUGGGAUAAGCAAUGGUGGAGGAGGUGCAUCUUCUUGUUCUUGAGCUCAUCAACGAUAGGCGUGUGGGGAGGGUGGCACCGUCAAUGUAUGAGGUCAUUAGGUUCGUGUUGUACUGUAAAUUCAAAGUUGUCCAUCCAGUAACAUAUGGAGAUUUAUAAUCAGCUUUUACUCGUUCACAUUAUCUCAAAUCUCUGGAGAGCCGUUUUCCCUUGUGAUAGAGUUUUUUGGUGCUGGAAUGUACUGUAUGUCCUUUUGUUGUGAUGAGUCUUAGUAUUCCGUUGUGAUAAAGUCUUAGUAUUCCGUUGUGAUGAGAGUUUUCUUGUGAUGAAAUGUACUGUAAACAUAUCUAUAUUUUGCUCCUUUUAUCUUUGUUGUGAUAGAGUUUUUUUGUGAUGAAUUGUACUGUAAACAUAUACUCCCUCUGUUUUAAAUUAAUUGUCUUUCUAGCUUAAAAAAACAAAAUUACGUAUUGGAAGGAAGUAGUUAUCUUACUGUCAUUCUACUCCUUAUCAGUUUUAUUAGUUAUCUUCUAAAUCUUGUAUAAUUUUCUCUCUCCUUAUCAUUUUGAUAGUUAUCAAUAUAAAUUAUAGUUGUAGUUCCAUUACUUUCACAAUAAUAAAAUAUAAACUAAUCUACAGAUUUUUAGGAUAUGUAGAUAGUUAUAAAACUAAGUAGUUGAUAAUUAUCCAAAAUGACAAUUAAUAAGAAAAAAGAAC